CCUGUUAUGAAAAGAAGAUUGAAUGAAUUGCAACCGGUUACAACAAGCUGCACUGAGAUUACUGAGUUUUACUGAAAGGUUGAAGAAACUGAAGAGUCUACAGGUGAGACCAGGAGAAGAAAAAAUGUCAGCCCAGGCAAACAGAGCGAUGGCCCUGGAGGAUUGGGAGAAGCGAUGGACGGAUGGAAGGAUUGGCUUUCACCAGUCUCAGGUUCACAGGAUGCUGGAAAGGAAUCUAGAUAAAGUUCUUAAUGGACGGAGUGCUGUACGAUUCUUCUUCCCUCUGUGUGGGAAAGCUGUCGACAUGAAAUGGUUGGCUGAUAUGGGACAUACAGUUGUUGGAGUGGAGAUAUCUGAAAAAGGAAUCAGACAGUUCUUUGAGGAGCAGGGUCUAAGCUACAGUGAGGAACCGGUCUCAGCCAUACCUGGAGCGAAGUUAUAUAAGAGCUCUGACAGCAAGAUCUCCCUCUAUCAGUGUGACUUAUACAAGUUCUCCAGUGCCAUUGAGGGGCAGUUUGGAGGAAUUUGGGACAGAGGUUCACUAGUGGCCAUAAACCCAUGUGACAGACAGAAGUAUGCCAAUCUCAUCGUCUGUCGAUAUCUCUUGGACACAUUUCUGUACAACCCUGAGCUAUAUGAAGGGCCACCGUUUUUUGUGCCCGAUGAGGAUGUCAAAAAAUUGUACGGGGAAGCCUGUGAUGUAGAGCUGCUGCAGUCUGAAGAUGCCCUGACAGACAGACAGAAAGCCUGGGGUCUGGACUUCUUUGUAGAGAAAGUGCACCUAUUGACUCUAAAGGCCAAAUGAACUCAUUCAUCAUGGGACAAAAGAAAAUCACUCUGGACUUCAAAGUGGUCCUUUGUUACAGUACAGAUAUCUUGGAUGACUGGUGGCAAGGACGAUGGCAUUGUUAUUACAUACUGUGCUUUUACUUAAAAUUACCGCAACAU